GAGAGCUAUCUGUAAUGCUGCCCUGAGUUCAAGUCAAUAGCUGUGCUUGAUGUUGCAUGACCUCACCAAGGACAUCCAGGGCUGAAAACAACACUGUCAGAUGGAGGAAAAGAUUUGGAAGGAUCAUUAUGUGCUCCUCAACAAGAAUGAAGAAAAUGAGCUGGAAGCUUUUGGCUACAAAACCCAGGGCUGCCGGAGGGCCCUGUGCAUUACUGGGUACAUCUUGUCCUGCGGGGUUCUGCUGCUGCUGUUCUACUGGAAACCAGAAUGGGAUGUGUGGGCAAACUGUGUCCCCUGCAGCUUGGAAGAAGCAGACGUCAUCCUGCUCAGAACCACUGAUGAGUUUCAGAAAUACACCCGGAAGAAGGUGACCUGGAUUGAUUUGUCCACUUUGGCACUACCUGUUGGUAGUUACUCAGAAUGUCCUCUCAUAGCUGAUACAGACUCUGUUAUAAACAGAGCAAUAAUGAAGCCACAGUUAAAGGUGAGAUGUAUCCAGGUACAGAAAAUCCGUUAUGUUUGGGACCUUUCUGUAAAAGAGUUCAGGAAAGUUGGAUCACUGGAAGACAGUAACACGUGUCACAGCAUACACCACAAAUUUGGAGCUGGCCUGACAGGGGAAGAACGGAAAAUCAGGCAGCUGGUAUGUGGGCCUAAUGCCAUUGAGGUUGAAAUCCGUCCCAUUUGGAAGUUACUUUUUAAAGAGAUUUUAAACCCCUUUUAUGUGUUCCAAGCCUUCACUCUUACCCUGUGGUUGAGCCAAGGCUACAUUGAAUACUCAGUGGCAAUCAUAGUCCUGUCAGUCAUUUCUGUUGGCCUAACCGUGUACGACCUCAGACAGCAGUCUACCAAGCUGCAUGACCUCGUUGAGGAGCACAACAAAGUCCAGGUUACAGUCUGCACAAAGAAUGAAGGUUUCAAAGAACUGGAAUCUCGUUACUUAGUCCCAGGAGAUGUUUUUCUUUUAGAUGGAAAAAAGCUCUCUCUCCCAUGUGAUGCUGUCCUGAUUGAUGGAAGUUGCAUUGUGAAUGAAGGGAUGCUCACAGGUGAGAGCAUUCCAGUUAUGAAAACCCUGUUGCCUUUGACGGAGAGCCUGGAACCCUGGAAAGCCCACAGCAUGGAGGACUACCGGAGACACGUCCUCUUCUGCGGGACUGAAGUUAUUCAGGCAAAGUCAUCCGGCAGAGGGCCGGCGCGGGCUGUGGUGCUGCAAACUGGGUUCAACACUGCUAAAGGUGACUUGGUGAGAUCCAUCCUCUAUCCCAAACCUCUGAACUUCCAGCUCUACCGAGAUGCCUUCAAGUUCAUUGUAGGCCUCUCUGCCAUUGGCGUGUUGGGAUUGAUAUACACCGUUUGUGUGUUCACAUACCACAAAAAGCCAGUGGCAGACGUCGUGGCCAUGGCCCUCCUCCUCCUCACUGUGGCUGUGCCUCCCGCCAUCCCUGCUGCCCUGACCACAGGCAUCGUCUAUGCUCAAAGGAGGCUGAAGAAAAAGAAGAUUUUCUGCAUCACUCCACAGAGGAUUAAUAUCUGCGGGCAAAUCAACCUGGUCUGCUUUGACAAAACAGGCACGCUGACAGAAGAUGGACUGGACCUGUGGGGCAUCCUCCCUUCUGAGGGAAGCCGUCAGGAGAUAGAAGAGUCCAGCACAGCUCGGAACACAGCUGGUGCUAUUGCUGCCUGCAUCGUUAGACCGGGGCCGAAUGCCAGCAGUGCUCCCGUGGAAGGAAUUGCAAUCCUACAUCAAUUCCCAUUUUCCUCUGGGCUGCAGAGGAUGUCUGUUGUUUCACAGAAGAUCGGAGAGGAGCAGUACGACCUGUACAUGAAAGGAGCACCAGAGACAGUGUCCAGCUUUUGCAGACAAGAAACCGUCCCAUCUGAUUUCUUGGAGGAGCUUAAGACAUACACAAGCCAAGGCUUCAGAGUCAUCGCCCUGGCUCAUAAAGUGUUGAGCCUCCCAGAGGAUGUAGAUGUGGGUGACCUGGAGAGAGAGGAGGUGGAGUCUGGGCUGGAGUUUCUGGGCCUCCUGGUGAUGGAGAACCGCCUGAAACCAGAGACAAAACCUGUGCUGCGAGAGCUGGCUGCUGCCCGCAUCAGGAGCAUCAUGGUCACAGGGGACAACCUUCAGACAGCAGUCACGGUGGCCAGGAAUGCACAUAUGAUUCAUGAGGACAGCAAAGUCAUCAUCGUUGAAGCCAGUGAACCAGAGGGCUCUGCUCCAGCUUCCAUUGCCUGGCGGCUGGCAGAAGGCAGCAAAACAAGUGCAGCUGCUCCCAACGAGGUGUGUGCCCAUGCCCAGGAAAAGAUCACCUUGGAAGGAGAAGGCUGCCACUACCAUUUUGCAAUGAAUGGGAAGUCCUACCAGGUUCUUGUAAAGCACUUCUACAGCUUGCUGCCAAAAAUUCUUCUGAAUGCAACUGUCUUUGCUAGGAUGUCUCCUGGCCAAAAAUCCAGCCUUGUUGAAGAGCUUCAAAAACUCAAUUACUACGUGGGUAUGUGUGGUGACGGAGCUAACGACUGUGGGGCUUUGAAGGUGGCCCAUGCUGGGAUAUCGCUGUCUGAGCAGGAGGCAUCAGUGGCUUCGCCUUUCACCUCGCAGAUCCCCAACAUCCAGUGUGUGCCAGAGCUGAUCAGGGAAGGUCGAGCUGCUUUGGUGGCUUCCUUUGCUGUGGUUAAAUAUCUGACCCUGUAUGGCCUGAUACAGUUUGUUGGCACUGCUCUGCUGUUCUGGCAGCUGCAAAUCUUUGGGAAUUACCAGUAUUUGAUGCAAGAUGUGGUCAUUACUCUCCUAGUCUGCCUAACAAUGAGUCUGACUGAAGCCUACCCAAAGCUAGCACCCUAUCGCCCUCCUGGCCAGCUCAUCUCCCCCCCUUUGCUGCUUUCUAUUGUCCUCAACGUGUGCUUUACCAUAGCCAUGCAGACCUGUGGCUUCCUCCUAGUGAAGCAGCAGCCCUGGUAUGUAGCGCUGGCCAGCUGGAGACACUGUUCACUCAGGAACCACACCUUGCUCCCCACUGGCCCAGGGGAAAACAGCACCAGCAGCAGUGCCCAGAGCACUGUCCUCAGCUAUGAAGACACAACAUUGUGGCCGCUGUCCUCCAUCAACUGCAUCAUUGUGGCCUUUGUCUUUUCCAAGGGAAAACCCUUCCGCAAGCCCAUCUACACCAAUUAUGUAUUUUCAGCCAUUCUGACCCUCCAGCUCGCCGUCUGCCUCUUCCUCUUCCUUGCUGACAUGGAUGCUGUGUACAGUGGCAUGCAGUUUCUUUGCACUCCUGUGAUCUGGAGAGUUUAUGUCCUACUGAUGCUCCUGGUCACCUUCUGUGUAUCUUUUUUUACAGAGGAUGUUCUCCUGCAGAACAAGCACCUCUGGAUGCUGAUUAAAACCUGUGUUGGGUAUCAGUCCAAAAGCCAGUACCGAAAGUGGCAGCAGAUGCUGCAGAGGGAUCCGAACUGGCCUCCUGUGAAUACCAAGGACUUUGCAGCAAGAAGCACAGCUGAAGUUUACAUUAACCCCAGCUAUGAGCACAGGGACUAGGUGAGAGCCUGCAGCUGGGCACAGGGCUGCCUUGUCCCCGCUGACCGGUCCUGUUUGCGUCACUCCACAAGCACUGGGCUUGGAUUCCUGUGCUCUCUGAACAAACCCUUCCAUUCAGAGGCAAGCUAGCUGUGUCCUGGAAUAGAGGCGAGGAUUAUUCUUUCUCUUGCUGCUAAAAUAACAGCUUUGACUCUGCUCCAUGGCAACGGUAGCUCUUCAGCCUUGCCAGCACCUCCUACAAAGGCUCAACAACACUGAGCACAGCGAAGCUAUGACUGCUGCUGCUCCAGCACUUAGACACUGCUCCACUAAACCCUGUCACUGCACCCAUGGGGCUUGAUGACCCAAUUAGUGACCUAACCUUGACUGCACC